CCCAGGUGCGAGCCGUGGCACGCGCCAUUCCCGUCGCGGCCGGCGAUCCGACGCCACCUAAACUACCCUGACCUCACUACAGUUAUCUCGACGUGACCACAAUCCUACUCCACCACCACCGUGACUAACCUACAACAAACAAUCAGAACAUGUGAAAUCGGCAACUCAUCCCAAAAUGAGCUCGAUCGGCGUCGUAGUCUUCCGCAACUCACCGCUACAGGAAACCGUGAAUAACACCGUGAACAUAUCGAACAAUGAAGCCAAUCAAAACGUCAGGCGAGAAAUCAUUAUCGUGCGGAAGAAACCAAAGGUGCAAUCGCCCGCUACAGUUUCAGUGAGUUCGUUAGUUCGCGCCAUCGAUACGAGUGCUACGACCGUAGUCGCGAAGAGGCCGAGAUUACGUGAAAGCAGCACCGAGGAACGUACGCCGACGCCGCUCGCCGUAGCACGCCGGAAUGCGCGGGAAAGGAAUCGAGUGCGGCAAGUCAACGACGGAUUCGCGGCGCUGCGCAAGCACAUCCCAGAUGAAGUGGCAGCUGCAUUCGAAAAUGCUAACUCGAAUCGAGGUCCAAACAAAAAACUCAGCAAAGUGGAAACUUUGCGCAUGGCCGUGGAAUAUAUUAGGAACUUAGAAAGUUUAUUGAACAUUGGCCACGCAGAUAAAGAAAACUCGAGUCGACCAUCCAUGGAAUCUUUCCCGUCACCAGCUUCGUCAUCGCCCAGGGAAAACAGCCAGGAGAGGAGUUAUUAUUCGUUAAAUUCACCGGCGCUUGACGACGAAGAUAUGGACGAAGAUGAGAUGGAUGGUACCUUGCAGCAGAUACCUCAGAUUCAGUACGUGGAACUGCCUGCUACAGAAACCUUCCAGUUGGUGUCGACCCCUCACUUAUAUGAAGAAGAAGACUGUACUGGACAGCCUUUGACUCCGUCCUCAGAUCUCCUAGCACAAGAGGAAGUGAACUCUCACAUUUUAGACGGACAUUUCACCUUUCCAAAUGCAGCUGAACAGUUCACUGUGAUUCCUGAACAACCAUAUUUAAGUGAGUCGGACAUACCUGUGAAUGAAAGUGACUUUGAAGUGAAGUAUUCUGACUCUAUUCAUCAUCAGAUGCACGGUUUCAACGGUGAAGCGGAACUGCCUUUAGAGACAAUCAAUGCUGAAUUGAUUUUGUCUCAGAAUCAGUACAAGUUUAAGGAGGAAGAUAAUUUUAUUGAAGAUCAGCCGUACACUGAUGUGGAGCUGAAGAAGGAGCUGCCAGAUAUCCAAGUGACGCCUGAAGAUAGGGAGCAGUUCGAGGAAACCUUGAAGUGGUGGCAGGAAAAAACGAGGCAAACGCGUCCACUUGUUAAAAAGAAUUAACGAAAUUUCACUUUUGUAUUGUAAUUUAUCUGUGUAAGUAGAAAAUUUGAGAUAUGUAUUGUGAUGUAAUUAUAGUAUGUAAUGAAAUGUACAGCUGUGAGUGCCAAAGUCGGUUGCGCGCGCGCAAGGUGUUCCGUAACGGUCAGUAGAAUAAUGAGCCAUGUACACUUUUAUUGCCAUUUGAGUUAAGUUCAAGCUAUUUAUUUAAUACCGAUGGAAUUAAUUACCAUGUUCAGUUUUUAAUUAUAGAUUUAUCUUUAUUUCGAAAACUUUUAAAAUGGUUUUAAUAUUUUGG